GAGAGAUGAGGAGAAGGAAGGCACAGAGGAGGAGGAGGAGUGUGAGAGGUGGGCGACGACAGAGAGAGAAACGGAGAUAUUACGCGCAGAAGCGGGCUGGACUUCAAAAACCUCAACAUUUAGUUUUCCUAAAACCUUUUCCGAUUAAACAGUCUCUUAUUUGUGUGGGAGUUGACGACCUAAAGCACCAGCGGUGAUAUGAGCAUAGCCGGUGAGGAAGAGAGAAAGAGAAGCCGAGAGGAAGACAGGGAGGGAGUCGGCUACCACCAGGCCAACUGAGAAUGCAUCUUCUUUCUGGAAACUGGAUGGACGGGCCCGACUGCUGACUCUCGGCACACGGAGACCCGAACACCCCCACCCCCACCCCCACCCCCGCUGCAGCGGCGCUGGCCGAGUCUGCGCCGGUCCGACGCGGUCCGACAGCUGUUUGCCUUUUGGAUGCUCUUCCUCUUCUUCCUCUGUUUCCUGAUGCAGGGCCGGGGAGGGGGUGAGCCCAAGUGUGCACCGGAUAUUGGAAAACCCAUUCUUCGUGCUGAUGCUGUUGUGAUAAUAAAUGAUUCUCUGGACAACGACGCGUCUGCAGAUGAAAGGUAGCUGCUGACCUAAGGAGGCCUGGCGUGAGAAGAAAAGGGAAUGUGCAAGCUUGGGAUGGUUAUGAAAACAGUUUUGGACAGUAGCGCCAGCAGCGAGGAGGGGGUCCCUGAUAUCGACCAGAGAAUGGAUUCAGUCAGGGCAUUCUGACUUGGGAUAUUUGAGACUCUGCUCUUACAGAAAUCAAUCUGUGGCAAACGUAGCCUUCCUGUCUGAAUGAGGCUUUGCUUUCCUGCUCCACUUUUGUUGCCAGCGGAAUAAGCUACAUAGAAUCAAUCAGCUUUAAACCACUGUUAUUUACAGCAGGGGACAGGAUUAUGUCACUACCAGUCAGACCUUACAUUUUGUCCUCUUUCCCAUCUUUUCUACCUUCUCGCUGAAUGAUGCUGCUGUAGAAAACAAGACACGAACCCAGACUGGAACAUAAUAGCCUAUAUUUUAGGCCUCAUACAGUUCACUUUACAGUUCACACUCGCAGUACGGAGUUGAACGCAUGGCAAACAAGUGCAUGGGAGUAGCCCGCAGAGCCCGGCUUUAGGUCACGACCAGUCCUCCGCACCGCCUCUACACCACAGCCUGUCUGUGAUGUGCGUUGGAGCAUUACGCACGGAGCACCACUGAGCGCUUUCUUCAUCUGCCUUAAACCAGGAAAAGAAUUUCCUCUCGGGAAGGAUGAGCAGUAAGGAGCUGACGGCCGGCCAGUCCAGUCAGUAUGUGGGCCCCUACCGACUGGAGAAGACUCUCGGGAAGGGACAGACAGGGCUGGUGAAACUGGGUGUCCACUGUAUCACAGGGCAGAAGGUGGCCAUUAAGAUUGUCAACAGAGAGAAACUCUCCGAGUCAGUUCUAAUGAAGGUCGAGAGAGAAAUAGCUAUUCUUAAACUAAUAGAGCACCCUCACGUUCUGAAGCUGCAUGAUGUCUAUGAGAAUAACAAAUACCUAUACCUGGUGUUGGAGCAUGUGUCUGGGGGAGAAUUGUUUGACUACUUGGUGAAGAAAGGCAGAUUGACCCCUAAAGAGGCCAGGAAGUUCUUCAGACAAAUCAUCUCUGCCCUCGACUUCUGCCACAGUCACUCCAUUUGUCACAGGGACCUGAAGCCAGAGAACCUCCUCCUGGAUGAAAAGAAUAACAUCAGGAUAGCCGACUUUGGCAUGGCCUCACUACAGGUUGGGGACAGCCUGCUAGAAACCAGUUGCGGAUCCCCACAUUACGCUUGUCCAGAGGUCAUAAGGGGGGAGAAGUAUGAUGGUCGAAGGGCAGAUGUUUGGAGCUGUGGAGUCAUUCUUUUUGCUCUUCUUGUGGGUGCCUUGCCCUUCGACCACGACAACCUGCGGCAGCUUCUAGAGAAAGUGAAGAGCGGGGUGUUCCACAUGCCCCAUUUUAUACCUCCGGACUGUCAAGCGUUGCUUAAAGGCAUGAUAGAAGUCAACGCUGAAAAGAGACUCACGUUAGAAGCAAUACAGAAACACACCUGGUACCAGGCGGGCCGUAAUGAGCCGUGCCCGGAGCAGCCGCCCCCCCGACGCGUGUGUCUGAAGAGGAUCCUGUCUCUGACAGAGCUAGACCCAGACGUUCUGGAAAGCAUGUACUCUUUGGGCUGCUUCAGAGACCGCGUCAAACUCACACAGGACCUUACAAGUGAGGAGGAGAAUCAGGAGAAGAUGAUCUACUACCUCCUGUUGGACAGGAAAGAGCGGUACCCCAGCUGUGAGGAUGAGGAUCUCCCUCCCAGAAAUGACCUUGACCCUCCUAGGAAGCGAGUGGACUCCCCUAUGUUGACACGCCAUGGCCGCUGUCGUCCAGAGAGGAAGAGCCUGGAAGUCCUCAGUGUAACAGAACAAGGGUCUCCCACCCCACCUCGCAGGGCACUGGACACUAAUGCACACAGCCAGAGGUCUCGUUCGGUGAGCGGAGCAUCCACAGGUCUGUCCUCCAGUCCUCUCAGCAGUCCCAGGAGUCCGGUCUUCACUUUCAACCAAUCAGAAGUCACCUCCACCACCACUCCCUCCUCCAAAGACCCUAAAACAGGAAGUGCUACCACCCCUCGGUCUAUCCGUCCAGCGCCUGAUCCAAAAACCCAGACUCUGCCCUCAAAGUGUCCCGCUGAUCGGCCUCAGCUUCACUCCAUGAAGUCCCUCCCUCUCCAGACUCCACGCUCCCCUUCCCCAUCGCCCUCCCCUCUCCUCUCCCCCAUCCCACCCUUUUUCAACUUCCCAUCUCCGUCUGUCUUGAAGACCAAAAACGUUCAAACGUCGUCUAACACCUCUGCCACCCCUCCUCCUGUGUCACAGGUCACACCACAGGGUUCACCGUUACCCACCCCGCUGGGUACGCCUGUGCACCAAAUCCAGCGCCCUUCCUCCUCUACCCCUCCCUCCUCUUCCUCCUCGUCUUCUUCUUCCCGAGCGGAGGGAGCUGGCGGGACAAUGCUGACCCCGCCCUCUAGUCCAGGGGGAAGCGGGGGUCUGGCUGCCUCAAGCUCAGCCCACUGGAGAACAAGGCUUAACUCAUUCAAAAACAACUUACUGGGGUCACCGCGCUUUCAUCGGCGCAAGCUCCAAGUUCCCACAUCAGAGGACAUGUCCAGUUUGACUCCAGAGUCUAGUCCAGAACUGGCGAAGAGGUCCUGGUUCGGUAACUUCAUAAGCUUGGAGAAGGAGGAGCAGAUCUUUGUUUUGAUCAGAGACAAGCCACUUAGCUCUAUCAAGGCUGACAUCGUCCAUGCCUUUCUGUCUAUCCCAUCCCUCAGCCACAGCGUUGUGUCUCAGAAUAGUUUCCGGGCAGAGUACAAGUCCUCUGGUGGCCCCUCUGUCUUCCAGAAGCCUGUCAAGUUUCAGGUGGACAUUGGUUUCUCUGAGAGUGAGAGGGAAAGAGAGCGGGAACGAUCAGAGAGGGAAGGAAGAAGAGAGAUGGGCAUCUUCAGUGUCACCUUCACUCUAAUAACAGGUCCAAGUCGCAGAUUCAAAAGAGUGGUCGAAACCAUUCAGGCUCAGCUCCUGAGUACUCAUGAUCAGCCUUCUGUGCAGGCACUGGCUGAUGAGAAAAAUGGUCAACUUUCCCGACAACCCAGCACUCCUUCACGUCAGAACUCACGCCGUUCUGAAAGCGGAUUCGAUCGGGGAGAAAGGGAACAUACCGCUGAUGGGGAGAGUGGAAGCAGCAGCAGCAGCAGCAGCACUGUUUUACAAAGGUGUGGGUCAGGGAAAGACAAAACCAGACUCCUCUCAUCACCCAAUGGGACACAGUCUCAAUCUUGAAAAGAAUGUUGUGGAAGAGAGGUGACAGCCUUUCUCUCUUCCUUCCCUCUGUCUUUCCCACAUUUUCCUUUUCCCUGUUUCUUUAUGUUCUGCCUUGAUUCCUACCAUUAUUCUCUAGCAAUGGCAUGGAGGAGGGAGAGGAUUUUCCUUAAAGCUGAUUUAAGGACAUGGAAGUGGAUUCCUUAAAAAUGACUUAUUUUAGGAAAAAUGUAUAUUCAUAGAGAUGGUGGAGACAGUUUGAGCUGACUUUUAGUAAGCCUUCAUCUCUAAACAAGGAGGACCAUGUUCAAAACAAGCUAGCAGCCAGAGAAGCAUGUAGUUCGCCCACUCACCCAGUCAAGAAAGCACAUGUGAAACAAAACCUCUAUUCAGUCUGCCAGAAUGAUGACAGACAAUUCUCAGUUAACAUUCCCUGACCUGCCAAAUGUGAGCACCUAGAUCAUCAGCAACAUCUAACAGACUGAUGAGUCACACCACAGGAAGUCCCUUCUUCUUUCCACUGUCUAUUGUUCAAACGUGUAUUCACAAGCAAAGAAUAACAGUGAUGAAAUCGUUCAUAAUUAUUUAUCUUUAAAUGAUUAGCAGACCUAAUGCUGUACUUGAGUAGGAAGAAGUAUGAUCUGAACCACAGCUCUGACGUGGUCUGCGUUCUCUAAUGCACCUCUACAGUCACUUAGGUAAAUCUGGAUGAUAAAGCUAUGAUACCAUAUUGCCUUUAAAAGGGGGAGACAAAGUGGUUAAACCACAGGUCUCUCACAGUUAGAUCGUCCCACAAGAACAGAGGGGAAUAAAAAUGUGGACAGGUAGCAUAGAAGGACUAGAGACAAACAACUGUCCAAAAGCUACUUAUGCAAACAAGUUAAAGUUCUAGAUUUAGUCUGUCUCAUAACAACACUAGUAAACUAACAGUCAGUAGCAGUCGUAUAGGUUUUUUUUUGCACUGUACUAGAUGCAGAUGCUAGAUGCAGAUGCACACUAGUGUGAAACCUCUAUAUCUGGUUUCGGCCACUGUAUUCUUUUAUAUUUCAUAAGAAACUCAGCCUACAGUACCAUCCUCAAUAAUUCAAACACUACUUAUAGCCAGUCACUUUGACUGACAGACUGCUGAAGGAUGAGCAUUAUUUGGCAUUUCUGUAAGUGACAGGACAGGAAGUGGAAAUUAAAUUUUGCCAAGAGGUAAAACAUUCGAUACAGUAUGUUGUCAUAAGUUGUCUGGCGAAGGGAAAGGUUGAAGCAUGGCCAUUCCUUAAGAGUGACGUCAGGAUGCUGAGCUGAUAGUUUUGUCUUUUUCUGCCCUGCUCUGAUCUUGAAAUGUAUCUUUUUUUGUGUUUGCCACUACCAAAGUAGAAUGUGGCCCAACCAUGUGAAUGUCACAAAUGUACAUUUUUGUUUCAUAUAUUUAAUGAAAAUGUAUUUAUUUCUUAAUCUAUUUAUUUACUUUUCAUGCAUUUGAUAAAAGUGAGAUAUCUUGAAUGAAUGGAAUAGCAGAAAAGGGGUAAAGAUGAGGAGAUGUCACUUCUAAAUUUAUGAAACUAGGAGGAAAAACAACUUUCCCAAAGAAAAACUCUCUUCUCUAAAAUUUUCCAUUUUAGAAACUUUUGUUUAUUUCCUUUUUUUAUUAAUGUCUGUUCCUGUCUGUGUUUUACAACACUAAUGAAACACACACAAGCACACAUAGUGAGAAAUGUUUGUGUUGGAACAAACUGCUACAGUUGACAUUAUUAGAGUCAGAGUCACUCACAUCUUCACUGGUUGAGCUUUAUUUGUAUUCCUUAUUGUGUUUUUAUCAACACAUAGGACAAAGGGAAGCAGCAAAUGGUGGAAUGUUAUGCAUAUGUGUAUACACGCACACACACACACACACACACACACACACACACACACACACACACACACACACACACACACACACACACACACACAAACACAGACCUUUCAAAGCAGCAGGAUUUUUCUUUGGUUAGUAUGCAAGAAAAUAUGAAGAAUGAAGCUCAGGCACUGUAUUGAUUCGAGUAGAAAUUUCAUGAAAAAUAACAUUUUCUAGAUGACAACACUAAAUUUUCCCAUAUGUUAAAAAAAACGUCUUUUAGCAGUAUCAUCAUGUUUCAAAUCCAACAUGUUUGAAUUCAACCACUGUGUCACACUACUGGCCCACAGAGCUGCUGGCUGCAAAUGAUAAUGUAUUACCUGCCAUUUCCAAUUAGUAUGAAAAGAUUCAAUCAACAUUCCACCAUAACUUUUUGAUGACACAGCAGCUGGUAGGUAAGUAAAGUGUUAACUGUCAGAUGUGUAUUGUACCUGCUCAUAGUCUGAGGCUUUCAUUUGACGUUGGAGAAUCUUGCGUUGAGCUUUAUUCAUUGCAAAAGUUAGAGUUGGAGACACAUCACAGUAUAAUAUUUUCUGCUUUUACACACAAAGUCAGAGUCAGGUCCAUCUAUAUCAACUUUUAGAAAGAAGGAAAGUACCUAAAUAAUAUAAAUAGAAGCUUACAAAAACUGCUAGAUUUUGCUCUACUUGGAAUAAACUCUGGAUUAGAAGACACUGACCCUGGACACUUGACUCAGAGGUUCUCGUCACAACUGGACACUUGACUCAGCAGGUCUCUCGCUUGCAAAACUGGAUUGAAAGGGUUCCCCUCAUCCUUUCACUUUUAGCACCUCUCAUCCAUCCGCACUUGAUGUUUUAAUUUCCUACACCUCCAUGACUUUGUAUCUCAGAAUCUACUCACCUCUGCCCCAACUACACAUGUUGCCCCCUUAUAUAAUCAAAACCCCCUCUCCUUGUAUACAUUUUAUACACUCUAUACUUCAAGACAGAUGCUGUAUACAUUUGUAUACAGCAUCUGCCUGUUUCGAUCUUCAUUGUAUGCCAUUCUUAACUAUGUAGCGUUCACUAUCUUUUAUCGACACUGUAGUCAUGUACCACUCUUCUUCUCAUCAUUGUUGCUCAUUCUUCUGCAGUUACAAUUGUACUACUAUAAUCUCUUGUCUCUUACUCAUAACCCCCGUGUACCCAUGACCACCUCCCUCCAUCUUGUAACUGUCCCUACACACAGUACAGAAGGUUUUUUCUCCACUCUGGAGAAAUUCAUGAGGUAAAAAAAAUUAAAUUUGUGAGGAUGGAGGUGUGUGGAGGAGGGUGGGUUGAGGAAACAGCUAACACAAUUAAUGAUGAUGAUGAGGAUGAUGAUGAUAAUAAUAAUGAUGACAAAAAUGAGAAAUGUCUGUAGUAUAAUUGCAAAACGUAAAAGUGCACUAUUAUGACAACGAUUAUUAUUGCCUGUGAGAAAUACUGACCAAUAAAACAGAAUUGGGGAAA